AUGCUUGGUGGUAGAUUUUCUCAAUCAAUUAGAUUUAUUCAUAAUUUAAGAAACACAAUGAAACGACCAGUAAACGAGACUAUUACUUUAACACCACCAGAAGAAAAUAUUCGAAACGUGUUAGUUGGGUACUGUGACUACUAUAACAAAUUGAAUAAAGAUCCACUAGAAUUAAGAAUUACUGGUGGUUGGGUAAGAGAUAAAUUAUUGGGUAAUGAUAGUCAUGAUAUUGAUAUUGCAGUGAAUCACCUUACUGGAGAACAGUUUGUUAAUGGAUUGCAUGAAUAUUUGAAGAAAUAUGAACCUGAGUUAUCAACAAAUCAUGUUCAUACAAUUAAAAUGAAUCCUGAAAAAUCCAAACAUUUAGAAACUUGUACCACGAAGUUAUUUGGUAUUGAUAUAGAUUUUGUUAAUUUGAGAUCAGAAGAGUAUACUCUUGAAAGUAGAGUGCCUACCAUCGAGUUUGGAACUCCAGAAGAAGAUGCUGUUCGUCGAGAUGCCACUUUAAAUGCAUUAUUUUACAAUUUGAACAAGAGUGUUAUUGAAGAUUUUACUAAAAGAGGUUUAGAUGAUUUGGAACAUGGAAUUUUAAGAACCCCUUUACCUCCAAUCCAGACUUUUUUGGACGAUCCUUUAAGAAUUAUUCGAUUGAUAAGGUUUGCUAGCAGAUUCAACUUUGUCAUCGAGCCAGAGACAUUGAAGGCGAUGAAAGAUGAUCGUAACAAGGUUGCAUUGCAAAACAAAAUUAGCAAAGAGAGAGUUGAAAUUGAAUUGAGAAAGAUUUUAACCAGUAAGAACCCGGGUUAUGGGUUGCAAUUGAUCAAUUAUGUUGAUCUCGCUGGUAGUAUCUUUUAUGUUCCGGAGUUGGAGAAAGAAUUUGAUAUAGAAACAUUGCAAAAGGCAAGAACUCAGCUUGCGCCACAUAUGGAAAUUGCUAGUAUUAUUUACCCUAACUUUAAACAUAUCAUCUUAAAUUCUACUACCAAAAUGAAGCACGAAUUGGGAACACUAAUAUCAAGUGAUGAAUUUAAGAACAUUUUCUGGUUGACAAUAAUCUUGCACCCAUACGUUCAAGUUAAAUCACUCAAACCAAACAAAGACAUUUUCAACCAAUAUCUCCGCUUAGGACUUACUUCUAAGAAGAGUGAUAUUGCAAAGGUUACUGCGAUCAACUAUAAUGUUAGUCAAAUUGCAAAAUUAUUCGAGGAUCCAAAACUGGUUAAACGAUCUGAUCUUGGUUUAUAUUUGAGAAAGUUCCCAGGUUAUGCUCCAUUGAACUUACUUGCCAAUGCACUUUUGGAAUGUGUUGCUAAGGUGGCUAUGGAUAUUCAUUUGCCUUCUGAAUUACCUGUUCCAUUUCCGGAACAAAGUGAAGAAAUUGUUAAUGACAGUAAGAUAAACAGUGCUAUUAGCCGAGUUGUUAGCAAUUAUGAAAGUUUGUUUAAACAAAUAGAGCUUUGGGAUUUGAAGCACGUGGAUAUGAUGAAGCCAUUAAUUGACGGAACGACCUUGUCCAAGACCUUGGGUAUGAAACCAGGACCCUGGUUAAGGCCUACUACCGAAGAAAUUUUAAUUUGGCAAUUGGACAAUCCUGACUUAUCACUGGACCAAUGCUUAGAAUUUGUUAAAUCUAUUAUUCCAAAGUAUACUAAGUAG